AUGUUCCCGGGAGUUUUCUAUGCACUGCUGGCGGGUUUCCUCGGAGCUGUGGCGUCGUCCUCGGCCAAGCUGUCUCUCGGAGCCGACUACCUGAAGGGAGUCUGCGAAACCGGACUCCGGACAUGGGGCGAGCAGAGGAAAUUCAGACAAGCGGACGAAACUACAGCCUGUGACCGGCUUCAUAUCCCUCUGAGGCUGCUAUGUGGCGGGCUGCUUUUCACCUGCAAUGCUGUGAUGUGGACCUUCCUUGCCAAAGCACUCAGGUAUUCCUCUUCCUCCACCCGAACCACUGUGACCACCACCGCCUCCAACUUCAUAUCUUCCGCUUUCCUGGGCCAGCUGAUCUUCGGUGAAGCUCAAAUAACGCUGUGGUGGGUGGGGAUCUCUCUGACUUUCUCUGGCCUGUUGGUACUGCAGAGGGUUUCUCCACAGGAUGGACAUCACAACGCAGUCGCCAAGGAUGAAUAA